AUGUCCAACACUCGUGACGGCCAAGUCCGUGAUCUGGACGAUGUGGCACGCGAGAUGAGACAAAACGAGCUGGAGAACCAGGAUCGCGACUUCUCCUGGAGAAAGCAAGACCAACAGCGUGAUCAUCAGGAGUACCAACGACAACUUGAGGAGGUUCAGCAACAGAUUCAUGAGCUUGAGCAACGACUGCAUCGGCUGCGCACCCUCCAGAUUGAGAAUCAGUCAAACAAACAACGGGACAACCAGCACAAGCGCAAGCUUUUGGAGGAAGACCAGCGCCUGGACUUCCAGCAACACCAGGUCCGCGUGCAGCUCCAAGCAAUCAAGGAUCUCCGUGAGCUCGACGAGCGCCAGGCCGUCGAGCAGCAGCCGGAAACUCCGGCGUAUUUCCCUCCCCAGGUAUCUGACGAUGAUGAGCCGGUCUCUGAAUACACGUGCUCGCAAGUCUUCCCCUCAUGGUGA